UCUAUUUGGUUUCACAUUUUCCCAUCCAAAAAAAUAUUAUUAUGGAAGGACAAAGUCUCUUGACAACCCUGUCUUUGUCAGAACUGAAAAGGGAAUUGGACCAGUUUCAAGAAAAAUGUUUAAGACUUAAGAUUCACAGCCACUUCAUUGAACCAAAAGAUUUAUCAAUAGAUUUAUUGAUUGAAGAAAGCAGAAAACUAAACAAAAGUUGGGCUCGUGACAAGGCAUACGUUCUUGAUAUGUUGUAUGGUGAAAAACAGUGCUUCAAACAGAUAAAUAAGAGGCCCCAAGUACGCCAUAGUCCCAUUUUGCCGCCAAGUGAUAAUCGUUCAUACAUUUACAGUCGCGGCAGGUACAUUCCUUAUACAGAAUACGUAAGAAGGACUGGACCUAACGCAUGAUUGAAGAAUACUAGAAUUAAGGAAUUCGGUAAGGUGGAAAGAACUGGAGUGCUGUAAUUGACGAUAUCUUGUUAUAAAAAACAUGAAAAAGCGAAUAAAUUCUUUUUCCUCAUUUGCAUUUUCGGAUUUAAAUGCUUCAGAUUGCAUACUUUACGUAGAGCUUAACCAAAAUUCUUCUGUUCACUUUUAAACGAAAAUGAAAAUAUGAGAAGUCCUUACUUUCUGAUAAUUACUUUCCAGAUAAUAUUUUUUGAACCAAUCAGGAAAUAAAAUUUUGAAGAAGUAUGUUCGUAAGUUCUAUAAAAAUUCCCAUUUUGAAAAU